AUGGACACAAUCGUUUAUCCUGCUCGUCCGCGCCCCUUCGACUUGAACCUACUGUUAAACAUUAGGCGGCACUCCAGUAAUGAACCGACAAUCCCCAUUGAGUCCGAACCGAUAUUAGAGGACACGCCGGAUGCACUGAAUGAAGAUGUGGACGUAGACUAUUCCGUGCAUCCUCCAGACGUGGGUACAAAUAUUCUAGUGAACGAGUGCGGAUCGGAAGUGGCUUUUGGUGAUGACAUUCUGUCCAAGCAGAAGCGCGUUGUGUGCUCUUUCUCAUCAAAUAGCCCUGAUGAUCCGGACGAAUAUCCUUUCGAUGCGGUGACCUACGGCGAAUCCCCCAACUGCCUCGGGCUCCCAUACAAUGAUCACAGCUACAUCAAAAAUGAAGCACCUUCUACCGUUCACCUGGACGAAAAUCGGUUAUCACUGUUGGCCAAGUUGGCUUUGGCAAAGGAUAGUAAACAGGUCAACGGGUCUGACGUGUUUAACCGCAGGCCGCAGGGGCAGACUGGGUUGGGGCUGAUUAUGUCCAGUGAUGGGCUGACCUCAUCAACUGUGGGUCGAAAGCAGUCCUCAAUCGAUGCCUUUCACGGAGCCACAACCCAAGCUAUACCGGUAAACGCGGUGCCCAUGGCCGCUGUCGUUAACAACGCGGUUGCUCGGACUACAACCCCUCAUCCUUCUGUGAUCACAACAAACUCUCGCCUUUCUGUCGUUGGUGGUCGGGCGUUUGUACUGUCACCUGCACAAGGUGGCACUCCUGGUCCCCCUCUGCAAGUGCAUCGCGUUAGCUCCUCUCUAACGCCCCACAUUGUCCUACGCACCGGGAUUCCCGCACUCCAGAUUAGUACGACCGCCACCCGUGCUUCGAUUUCUGCACCGGUUGCGGAACAAUGCACCACGACUGUGCGGUGUAUUUGUUGCCUAACCCACACCGACGGACCCAUGGUUCAAUGUGAGCAUUGCAGAACUUGGCAGCAUUCGAAAUGCAUCUCUCCAUCCAACGGAACGCGGGUCCCAUCGCCCCACAUAUGUCCGCAAUGCCAGCUACGGCUAUGUACAACCACGACUUCUGCGACCAUCCAGCGACAUAAGUUUCUUACCGUUCCCGCUACUUCAAACUCAAAUAUUCAUACAUCCCGCGCAAGCGAAUUUGACUGUUUAAACAAUUCAGGUCACCUUGUGCUUACAUCUACACCUGGAAACUCCGCGACCCGUCAGUUGCAUGUGUGUCAUCUCCCCAGUUCUGCUGUUAAGAACAUCCUGACACCUGGCCAGAGGAACCAAGCCGAUUUCGCCACUCUCCGUACCACAUGUGAGAUUGAGUCUGGUGGCCCUCGCUAUUUCAACCUUGUCACCCACUCCCCUUCUAUUGCGGCUGCACACCACAAUCAGUCUGUGCGCAGUUCGAAACGGAAGCAGGAUCUAGUGACCCUCUCGGGAGCCUCACAUAGCAUUGGAUUUAAUUGCGUUGCAAAUUCUCCCAACGCGGACGGACUUCUGGACUUGGAAUCCAUCACCAAUUCGACUGAGAUUCAAGCGCCAUCCUACAUCGAAACUACCGUGAAUUUGCAUUCUGCAGAAGGCAAUCAAUCCGCUUCCACCGCUUUUCUUCCGGCAACAUCCACGGUGACUCACUCGUUGCCUAGGACUGAAACUUCGCUUCAUCGCCUUCUCGUGCAUGACAAACCACAACACCUUGGCGGUGGUUGCUACCAGUUAGAUGUCAGCGGUGGAACACAUGCCCUAUCCCCGUCUUCCCCGGUUUCUUUGGACUCGAUACCAUCAUCUCCCUUUUUCGAUACGUACGAAGAUGCGUCCGAUCUACGCUUGUCGGAGAGGUUUUUCCUAAAGUUGGAAAGCUUAUUCCCAUCGCCACGUUCCCCCACGGAUUUCACUGAGCUGGCCGCCUAUCUUAACGGAGAUUCACCCCCGAAACUACCUACACUGAAAAAAUGCCAGGUGGUCAAUUUCGAUUUCAAUCGAAAGGGUCUGGUCGCUUCGGAUGACCUCUGUCCUCGUGAGCCGGUGAUCGAGUAUCGAGGUCUUUGUAUGCUCAUGUCUGAAUAUAGCGAGUUGUACGACUAUCGCAGACACUACAAUCCAUUCGUUUUGUUUUACAAAAAUUGGUCGAAAGUGGCCCUCUGCAUAGACGCUCGCAAAUUUGGAAACGAAGCGCGCUUCAUCCGUCGGUCGUGCACACCGAAUUGUGAGGUUCGACAUUUUGUAACGGUUUAUCACAAUCCACAGUCUGGUCCCACUCCACGGAUUCGUCUAGUAAUUUUCGCCACACGCCCCAUCUCUCGUUCGACGGAACUGACGUUGCCGUUUGAUUUCGACUACACCACUUGUCGGUACUUGGUCAAAUGCGCGUGUGCACGCAAAGCAUGCCCGAUUGCCCGUUGGUUUCGUCAAGCCAGCGCCAUGGACGGAGGCGACUCCCGAAGUCCCGCAGCUUCGCUUCUCUAUUCCCGCAACCUUCCAUUGACUCCCCGUGGAUCUGGACCCGGGUCACGUCCUCGUGGAUUUGGGACUGCGAUACAAGACAACUAUUCGGACAUACUUGCUGAUGAUUGCGAUCGAAUGGACCAUCUUGAAUCACCCGGUUGGAUGGAUUGUCGUCUGGAUGUGGAGGGCGCUCGUUCUCUGAAGAUUCGCCCACAUCGGACUUUCAAACGUCUUUCACGACUCAAUGGUUCGGACACUAAGGACAACAACAAUCUGCUCAAACCGAUCCGUCAUUUUGACUCAGCCCGCACCAUCGCCAAUGGCCAUAAGGCCACAUUGUGUGGUGGCCGAUCAAAAGCUCCAAUCAAGAAUAAGGCGCCCACGCGUCGCGGCCGUCCUCCUGGAAAAAGUAAUCAGUUGAACUCGGUCCUACCCACCUCAGGUUUGCACCAAGCCCGUGUUCGACGAAGCUCGGUGGCUAGCUCAAAGGCAUCUGAAGAAACUGAUGCUUGUUCUCACGAUUUAGAUGAUCUGAUGAGAACUCAGAAUGAUAUGGUUGGUUCUUCCGGUGAGGAUGCCGCUCCAGUUGCACAGCCUCCAUCUGGUCAAUAUUCGCGGAGUGCAGGCCAGCGUAACCGCCGUUUCUCGACUACUACCACCGAUCCCGGCGAUGUUGGCGAUUUUACCUCAGACACAGGAUUAUCCAGUCCCUUCUCGGGAUCACGUGCUUCUCCCGACCGAAAGAUGAAUGAUGCUAAUCUCACUGGCUGCUUCAAACAAUCCAACUCAUUGGAUGGAAAUGAGCUUUCUGUAAAAACGCAGCCGUCAUCCGAUACACCGGAUCACCUAACAUCAAGCAAAUCCAGCAAAUCAUCGUUUUCCACGAAUGUGGAACGUAGUAAACCACGUUCCGACAAAGAAUCUCACGCCUCUCCCACUCGCAAACCUCCACCUCAGAAGCAAGAGGAUGAGAGAAAGAAAUCGCGUGAGGAUUUGUGGAUGGCAGAGGUACUUCGUCGUAUCGAACGAAUGGAGAAAAAACGGCAACAAAAGCAACGCCAAUCCUUGUCUGAAUGUGGCGUCGUUUCUCCAAAUUCUUCGGCUUCCUCCAAGCAAAUAUAUGAAUCAAACCCGGUGGAAGGGGCACAUUCGAAUGACGCUUCGCUUUCAAUCUCGGCGCCUAAUGUCGAAGAUGUUGGUCCCACCAGCAUGUUCUCAGGUGAGGCAACUUCGGACGCCAACGUCAAUGGGACUCACCACAAGGACUCCAACCAUUUCGACGGUGCCGACGUGAAGUCGGAUACGGAUUCUGUCACAAUGCAUCCGGCAGAAGUGAUUUCUUCCGCUGAUGGUACUACUCUUGCUGAGAGUCACGUUGAUGACUCGCAUUUGAAUUUCAAAUUUGAGAAUACUCCAGAUUCCGUCGGACAUACCUCACCUACAACGACACAACGAGUGCGAUCUACUCCAAAACGGCCGUCUAAUUGUUCCCGUAAGAGCGCAACUCUUCAUCAGCCUUCCGCCGCGAAAUGUAAUCGCCGCCGUUCGCAAGCCGCCCUGCUGUCUGACGGACUCAGUGAUAGCGUUGGCAGUGACCAUCACGAUACCAGAGAAGAGCGGUGGCUCAAAUCACAGUUGCGGCGCAUCGCAGAACUAGAGGUGCGCUCGGCUAACCAACAAUUGGCGACUGGUACUUUGACGGAAAGUGGUUCAGCUACCACUGACCAUCGAUCUCCCACAUGUGUUGGUUCUCCCGAUGCGACUGCUACUGCUCUCAAGGACGUUUCAUUCGACGACGGACACAUGGAUUCCGGAUACUGUAACUCAGGUGAUUCGCCCCGCGUUACCAAACAGGGUGUCGACACUUCCAGGCUGCAUUCAUCUCCAACUGUUGUGACUCGUAGCAAACGUCGUCGUGCACCUGCGGCACCUUCAUCACAUACCGAACCUGGCGCCACAAGCGUCACAUCUGAUACGGCACAGGUUAGCGUCGCUGCAUCCUCAUUAGUAGGAUUCAAGUCGGGUGAAAAUUGCAACCCUAAUCAUUCCCCAAAUUCAGCCGACGCAGCGGCCGAUUGCGAGCUAAUCGUUUAUCGCCCCCGCGAAAUGGACCCAAUGGCCAAAUUCAGCAGAAGUCGCUCUGUAGAAAUGUCUGCGCUGACACCGGUCCACAACUCUCAGGAGGACACGCCACCGUCGUUUUCGGUCGACCUGGAUUGCACCACCAAUGUCACCGCCUCUGUAGCAACUCCAACUUCUUCACGCACAACGGCGUCGAUGCACUCCACACUACGGCCUACAAAGAAACGGUGGUUGAGCCAGAAAGCGACUGUCAAACAACCAUCGGAGGAGCCACAGCCACACGAAAUGCGCAAGGUGCGCGUCUCCCUUUCCGAAUACCGUCGCCGCCGAGGCUUGUCUUCCAGCUCGUCAUCUGCAGUUGGCAAAUCGGAAAAUGGGCCGGAACAACAACAACGACUGCCAGUGAAGGGAUCAGUCAAACCGGAACUCAAUCUGCCUCACCAGCUUCCUGCUAGUCCCACCCGACUGUUGGACGAAAUACCACGAUUGUAUCAACAGUUCCAGUUACCAGACAAGCAUUUGACAUCAUCACAUGACAGCCGCCAGUUGGUUUCCGCCACCGCCACCUUCACAGACAAUGUGACUGGUCUCGUACCAAUGGGACGACCUGAUGCGACGGCUAACAAGGGGAUCAUUCUAGGGAGUGAGGUCCAUUCGGAGGAACGUGGCCCACACACUCCUAGCGAGCCGCUGGAUGACGAUGAUACGGAAGGCACCAACACAGUGUACGUGCGCCGUAGUAGCAAGUCCAGUUCGGACACUGUCCCUGAGACGGCGGAAAUUCCCAGUGGGCAACACCCAAGCCGUUUCACUUCUCUGCGGUUAGAAAUUCCGGCUGAUGAGCACUCGGUAGCGAACACAUGCAGCCCUGAAUUGCUCUCGUCCGGUUCGAAGAAAGAUCACAAUGAUACUGGCAUUCGUCCUGGAAAAGAUGACACAUCAUCCAUUUCUGUUCGGCUCGCUGACACCACUAGAUGUCGCGGUCUCUCGCGAAAAGGAGACUUUGACGUGCAAAGACGUCCUGCGUCACUGUCCGCCGUUCCGCCUCCACCACCACUCCCUGCCUCUGCAGAGAACCAGCUGGUCGACUACGCACACCGCCGUCGUUCUGAACCUGCUCCUCUACGUCAACCUACCUACUCCGCAUCGGAGCCUACAUAUUCGAAGCCGCGUUCGAAGCGGACCUCCUUGGACUAUUUUAUCAGACGGGAUCAAGAGAUACGCCAGUGGCAAGAGACACGAUCCUUUGAAAGGGAACAUAGGCGGUCCCUGCCUAAGCAUCAUUAUCAUUAUGGGACGCCGCAUCCAGUGCCUGCUAGCUUCCAUACCUCGUCACACCAUCAUCGUACAUUUGUCUCACACCGGUCCGCAAGCUUCCGCGACGCAUUUGAACGAUCUCGACUCCCCGAUGUUGAGCUUACUCUCGACCGCUUACACGAUUGUCUCCGUUCACAGUUAGAUCGUACCAAACAGGCUCUCACUCCGCAGAGCACCACACCGACUGCCGAUUGUUGGACGCCAUCAGGUCCCCGCGGAGGCGGCGGAUCAACGAGCGAUUUUUUCGCGGCUUCCGAUCACGGCGCUCAUCGUUACUCCGGUUACUUGAUACUGCUUCUCACUGGAUCACACUCCACUCUUGUCCGGCGAAUUUACAAUAUCUCCUCAGUGAGAUCAGUACCCAACACAGUGUUUUAUUGUCUGUUCAUCCACUUUAACCCGAGCAUUUUUGUACAGCUUACUCAUUACUCCUCAUCGCAUUCCAUCAACAUCGUUACUCCCCGUCGUGCUAUUUAA